AUGUCUAAAAUUGGUCUUUUGCUUAUCCACCCCGCUAUUUCAACCACUCCUGAGAUGGUUGUCAAUGCUAAAGCCAGCGCUGAACAAAAAGGUUUUAAGUUUGUUGACCAGUACUUAAUUAAUAAAGUUAAUGAUGGCUCAAUAAAGUUGAAAAAUGAUAAUUAUGAUGUAAUUAGAUAUUUAACCCCCGAAAAACCUGAAGAUAUUAAAUUUCCUAAAAAACUUAUUGAACUUUUGAAGAACUCUUUAAAAGUAAACGGGGUAUUGUAUGGAUUAAGUGAUGUAUAUAAGAUUGACGCUGUUAUUAAUGGAUUUGAAAUUGUUAACAACGGUAAAAACGAUAAUGACGAGUAUCAUUGGAUCAAGACACAGGAGAAUCAUGUAGCUCCUCAAGCAAUAUCAUUAAAAACUAAGACAAAUUUCUCCAACGAAUCAAAUAAAAAAAGUUUACCAAGUUUCAAAAAAGCUUCUCUGCCAACAUUUAAAAAGGCUACACCAGACGUUGAAAUCGUUAAAACUGCAGUGAUAACUGAUGACUUAGAUGACGAUUUAGACAAUGAGAAUGAAAAUGAUAUUUUCAGUAAUUCUUCAAAGGCUCGUUUCCUAGAUAUUAAUGAUGACGAUGAUGCCGAUGGCGAGUCUAUUGAUGAGGAUGAUUUAGUGGAUGGGAAAAUUGGUAAUGUAUCUAUGAUCAUCUGUGGUAAAACUAAAACAAAAAAGAAGAAAGCUUGCAAAGAUUGUACAUGUGGCAUGAAAGAGGAAGAAGAACAGGAAGUAAACAGGAUUAGAUCUCAACAAGAAAAAGUUAUUAAAUUCACUGAAGAUGAAUUAACUGAAAUCGAUUUUACUAUUGAUGGUAAGAAAGUAGGUGGCUGUGGUUCAUGCUCUCUUGGUGAUGCUUUUAGAUGUAGUGGCUGCCCAUAUUUAGGUUUACCUGCAUUCAAACCUGGAGAAGUCAUUAAUUUAAACAGCAUUUCCGAUGAUUUAUAA